CUCUCUUAUUUCCCUUCCCUUCUGUCAAUACCGUUGACAUCCUUGUUCGUUUAUUUGAAGCCUCUUACACCAACUCCCCUCAAAACAAUACGACAACCAGGGCCCAUGCCAGGCCUACCCAACCCCAAGCUCCACCUUCCCCCACUCACUCUCCGUCUUCCCCCAAAGAUGUCCAACUUCUCCCAGCCCUCACCUAACCCGAUGAACUCGAUCAACAUCUCCGGCGAUAGCUUAGACGGAGGCUCCGGGCCCUACCACGCCGGAGAGUUCAGAUACGGUGCCGGAGUUUCCGUUGGCAUCCUCCUCCUCAUCACCAUCAUCACGGUGUCAUCCUACUACUGCAACCGAGUCAACACACCGAGACCAGCUCCGCCGGAUGACGGUGCAACGACGGCGGCGGCCGACGUGGAGGCCGGGAUCGACGAGGCCACCCUGAUGAACUAUCCCAAGGUGCUUUACUCCGAGACCAAGCUCCGAGACAAGGGGGCGACGAGUUCAUGCUGCUCGAUAUGCCUGGCGGACUACAAGGAUUCCGACGUGCUAAGGGAUCUGCCGGACUGCCGGCACGUGUUUCACGUCAAGUGCGUCGACCCAUGGCUGCGGUUGAAUCCGACGUGCCCCCUCUGCCGCACGUCGCCGCUGCCGACUCCCCUUCCGACGCCUCUGGCUGAGGUUGUUCCAUUGGCAAGGCAGUCAUGAUUUGAUAGCAUAGUAUGGAGGUUUCGUAAGUUUUCAUUUUGUUUUUAUAGUAAUUUUGGUUUUUAGGUAGGAUUCAUCACGGCAAUUUAUGUAGGUUUUGCAAAGUAGAUCAUCGCGUUUUAAUUUGUAAAGGAAGCUGGGAAGAGAAGGAGAUAAUAUGGGAUUUCAGAUUGGGAUUUGGCUCCUUGAGUUGGCAUUCCAGUGCAUAUACCAGGGGUUAGGUUCACAACAUAUUUCUGACAAAAAAGUGAGAGAGAUAUAUGGGACUUCCAGAUCCUGUCCGGUCUGUUGGAUAGCUCAAAAUAUGCAUGCGAGAAAUUAGUAUGGAUUCAUGUCCUUUGAAUACUGUUCUCCA